UUAGUACAUUAACUCAAUUCUUUUAUAACAGUAAAAAGGAAGGCAGUAAACAUCUGAGGCGUACAUUUAGCAUUUUUGUGCUCUCAGGUCGCUCUCGCUGGCUUGGUAUUCGAGAUUCGGCUGUAAAACCCUAACCAGCGCCACAGCUUAGCGAGGUUCCUGAGCGAGAGAACAAGAGGAUCCUCUCUCGAUUUUCUGGUUAAUCGUCGUUUUUCUUCAGGAGGAAAGUAAAGCUAUGGCCAUGUUAGCUCAAACACCACCUUGUACUCCAGAUAUUGUUGGGAAUACAUUUGUGCAUCAGUAUUAUCACAUUUUGCAUCAAUCCCCUCAGCAUGUCCACCGGUUUUACCAAGAGAUUAGCAAGCUAGGCCGCCCUGAAGAUAAUGGUACAAUGAGCAUCACUUCCACCUUGCAAGCUAUUGACAAGAAGAUACUGGCACUUGGAUCUGGUGUAAUCAGUGCCGAGAUUGCUACUGUGGACACGCAAGAGUCUUACGGAGGUGGUUUUCUCCUACUGGUGACUGGGUAUCUGACGGGGACAGAUGGUGUCAGGAGGACGUUUACUCAGACUUUCUUCCUUGCCCGACAGGAGACUGGGUACUUUGUCUUGAAUGAUAUGUUCCGAUACAUUGAUGACGCCACAACCGUGCGUGGCACUCAGAUUCCGGUGAAUAACAUCCAAGUUCCUGUCAACAUUCACCAGGAUCCACAUGCUGCUCAAGACAUUCCAGAAGACUUUGUUCAGGAGAAAUAUGUUCAAGAGAAUCAUGCUGUUGAGCAGUCGAAGAGCAUUAAUGUUCCUGAAGUGUUCACUCCCCCUGAAGAGGAACAAGUAUCAGUGACAGAAGACGCUCCUGCGCCUGGAAUAGUUCAUGAAGCUCCACAUGAUGUGCACAAGGUUGGAGAGUCUGAUUCUUCUAGGACUGGCGAAGUUCCAAAGAGAUCUUAUGCAUCCAUUGUGAUGGUUAUGAAAGAGAAUGCUGCACCUAUGUCUGCUUCCAGAACUCCAACUAAGGUGGUGGAACCAAAGAGACAACAAGAAGAUCAUCAAGCCACUCAUGUCCCUCUACCAACACCGUUGUCUGAGAAAUCAGAUUCAAGAGCAAAUGUUGCUGUAAAUGGGAACGAUCAAGACAAUGAAAGAACCCCAGGUCCAUCCAUCUAUCUUAAGGGAUUGCCGCUUGAUGCAACACCAGCCUUGCUCGAGAAUGAGUUCCAGAAGUUUGGACCUAUUAGGACCAACGGGAUUCAAGUAAGAAGCCAGAAGGGAUUCUGUUUUGGCUUUGUUGAGUUUGAAUCCGCGAGUUCCAUGCAAAGCGCAAUCGAGGCAUCACCUAUCAUACUCAGUGGGCAGAAAGUAGUUAUCGAGGAAAAACGAUCGACGGCAAGAGGGAAUCAUAGAGGACGUGCAGCGUUUGGUGUAGGCACAGGCUAUAGAAACGAAGGUGGAAGGGGUCGUGGGAGCUUUAGAGGUGGAAGAGGAGGAGGUUAUGGCCGGAACGAUUUCAACGGAUAUGGCAACAACAGGGGAAACAAUAGAGGAGGAUAUGCAAACAGAGCAAAUGGUGACGGUGGUGGGUUUCCGAGACGUGUAAGACGUGGUGCUGGUGGCGGAAUCGAUGCUAACGGAGCUACAAAACCUGUGGAUGCUCCUCCCGUGUCUAUCACUGCCUAAAUUUGCGUUUCUAGCAAAAAAAAAAAAGAAAAAAAGAGGCUCAAAUUGUUUUAGAGAGCAUAGGCUUAGAGCUACGACUAAAAUAGCUAUUAUUCUCUUUUCUAUGCAUCCCCCGUUUUGUUAAUUUGAGUUACAAAUUCCAAGUGGCAGAUAAAGUAUCGGCACUUGUCCACUUGUUCGUCUAGCAACGUUUAAAAAUUCUCUAACCA